AUGAAUGCAGAUUGGGAUGGCCCGUGGAGGUGCUCAUCGUGUAUGAAAACAAAUGGGAAGAAAGCUGCCUUUUGCGAUCGGUGUGGAGAUUCGUGGCGCAAUGGAACUCCUCACAAGUCACAGCCACAGCCCGAAGAGGCACCGGGCUGGACGUACAAUCGCUGGUCAGAUUGGCAGAAUCAAGCACAGCAAAAUUGGGAAAAGUCUUCCUCUUCUUCCAGAAGUUCAUCCAGAAAGCAUCAGCCCAAACCCAAAACGGCACGUCGACCACGACGGCCGAAAGGCAACAAUGCUCAGCCGAACCGAGGAAGAGGCAAGGGGCGCAAAGGGCAAGGGCGUGGAGAUGGGCAGCCCUCUGCACUACCUCUACCACCCCCUCCAGCCCCGCCACCGUGGCCGACCAUCGAUCGGGCCACAUCACUGGUAUCAGCUGUGAAUACAGUGCCAGUUGCAGAUUCAACAACAACAGCUGCAACUCAGCAGCUUCAAGCCGACAACAGAGAAUUUGCAAGGCUCCUUCGAGAUGCCUAUCCAGAUGCCCAAACGAGGCCUCCCGAGGCCACAGCAGCCAUAGAACGUGCCGAACAAGGAAUGACCAAAAAUGUUACAAAAUCAUUGCACAGUGCCACGAAGGCAUUGGACAAAGCCCAGAAGUUGCUAGCGGAAGCAGCCGAGGCCCGUCGGGUCCAUCGAAACAGUUGGCUUGCCCAUCUCUCAGAAAGUAUCAAGACAUGGGAGACACAGUUGGAGACAUACCGACGGCAUGGAGCUGCUUUGCAAGAGCUUGCCCAAAAAGCUCGUGCCGAUAUUGCAGCUGCCAGAAGCGACAUUCAGCGGCUCAGCACUCAAGAGCCUGGCAACCAGGCGAUUGUGGCAGCUUCUGCGGCCAUUGCAGAAGAAGGACAGACAGAGGAUCAAACAGAUGCAGACGAAGAGAAGCUGCGUACACAGCUUCAAGGGAUUUUGCAGACAUGUGCUGGCUCAUUAGGGGUUACAAUUCCUGCACCUGCAGAUGUCCAGACAAUUGCCUCGGACGACGAUCACGAUGGCGAGCGUGCUCAUCACAAACGUCCCAGAUCUGUCGAACCGCUGUCGCUUUCGGCCGUGUUAAUCCGGGAAUCACCUAAUGCUUCAGGUCUUCAGGUGUCACCGAGUGUAGCUGUGCAACCAAGUGCCCAUGUUGACCUUCACCAGCAUGACCCCUAUUCAGAAGUCCCUCCAAGAUCGAUUUUGGAUAACAUUACCAAUUCGAACCAUGAUUUGGCUGGCACGCAACCUGGCAAUGAUGUUUCUUCUUUCAUGCAGCGCAGUGGCAAGCUCCGCAAAGAAUUGAAAUCCUUGCCUAAUGCUGAUGACCCUGAGGAUCUGAUUGCAGCCUUUGGGCACGAGCCUGAUGCCAUGCCUGCAGACCACCCCAGUGAUGAAGGGAUUGAUGCCCGGUCGGCUGCCAGUAGCAGAGACGUGUCCAUCGAUGAUUCUGAAAUUGCUCCGCCCAGUUCGUCUGGCUCACGUCAGGAUGCUAUUUUGUAUCACCUAACAGAGGCUCCUUUGAGGGUUUUCCUGGCUUGGUCUGAUUAUGAUUCCAUGAUUGACGAGAUUGCCAGGCAUUAUGGACGGCAUCCGAUUGAUAUCAUUGAUGCAUAUGAAGUUGAGCCUUCCCCCGCUGAUGUGCCAGAUGGGGUUGUCUCCAUCAUUGUCCACAUGUUUGCCGACAUUGCAGUAGGCCAGUCAGCCAAAUUGGCUUUGUUAGAUGUUGAUCUGCAUGGCCAUAGUUUUGAAGCGAACUAUGCAGUUGGCCCUAUGUCCACUAGGUCAGUUGUUCGUCUUCCAACUCAAUGCACACGUGAUGCUGUCUUAGUCACUGCAAAUGUAGACAGAUACUGUCGUCAAGAGGAUGACGCCUGCUUCGUAUGGCAUGGCCACUCUCGUUGGCAUGAUGAUGACUUCCAAGUGCGUCGCCUCUCUCAUGGAGCAUAUUUUCGGGUCGCUGUUCCUCCGACACAACGGUUUGUUUGCACUACACAAAAUGCGGUUGAAAUGGCCCAGCGUGGGCUAUCCCAUCAAGAGAUGCUUGAUCAGCUUACAGGUGCGGAAGUCAUCUCUGAUGCUUCGCCCACUUUAUUGUCUGAGGCGGAGUUAGCUGAUCUGGCAACACCGAACAUUUUGAGUCACGAGGUUGACAUCAUGCACGCUAUGCAGAUUAGUUGUGCAGUCGGCCAUGUCCCUCAGUCUUCAUUGAAUAGUGUAGGGCAGAGGUCUGAGUCAGCUUGUGUGGACUCUGGUGCUCCCGUUGGUAUUGUUGCAGGUUCGUUGCCUCAUGACAUGUUGGAUGAUUUAUCACCUGCCCAGUCACCGGCCAAUGUGUUUCAAUUUGAUCCAGCUGCUCCGGUCUUUUUCCCAGGUGCCUCUGAUCCGGCUUUGCAAGAUGAGAACAUGUUAGAAAUUUUUAUGCAAUGGCAAGCUGCUGCAGAUGCUUGGGAAGAUGAGAUGGUCUCGGCCAAGUUUCUGACAUGGCGGGUCUCUCCUGCAACUGGCAAACGGCAUUGUGUGAGUAGUCGUGAGGUGUGUUUGUAUGAAGAUUUUGGCUCGUGGCGUCGCAGGAUUCUGCAAGCAUGGGCUGAUGAGCAAUCUGCCAGCUCUGAUACCCAGAUUAUUGCUGUGUUGCCGCCACCACCCGACAUGGAACCUGGUUUUGCAGGCCACAUUAUUCUUCAACAACAUGCGCUGGAGACUCACUCACCAGUUUUGACUACUGUUUAUGACCCUGCCAUUGCGGAUGGUGCGCCCCAACGACAAGUUCAUGUGUUUGCCGAUCAGUCUAUCCCGGAAGACAUUAUCUUUUUUCUUGGAUAUUCUCUUGAUUGCCCAAAUAUUGCACAGUGUCAGGUACGUAUGCGUGGACACGAUCUGCCUGCCCUGACCCCGUUUCCUGUUCGAUCAGGAGAUGUUGUUGAACUGGUUGUGCAAAGGCUCUUUUUGCCGGCUAAUUGGUUGCCUCCGUUCAUUCCAAUUAUUGUCACUCAAGACACGACCAGCUUGCUUCAGCUCACAGUGUCGCGGCCUAAAGUUGCUGAUGUCAAUCAAAAGCUACCAUUGGACUUCCAGAGUUCUCCUCGACCUGAAGUUGUUCUGCAUGUUUCCAAGUUUUGUUGGUCAUAUCAGCACGACUCUUUUCCAAAGCAAUGUAGCUUCACUGAAGAGUUCUUGCGUACGGUGCGGGCCGUUCAAAAUGCUCCUGAACCGGAGGGUCCACCGCCACCAGUAACCAACAUUGAUGCAGGCCAGAGUUUUGUCCUCAAUGAGCUUUGGGAUCUUGCGCAAGCCCAAUCUACUCAACAUGUAGGCAAUCCUGAGUCUGCUAUUCGAGUUGAAACUUGGUUUUUGGAUCACAAUUUUCGAGAUCGUUGUUACAAUUCUCGUGUUGUGCUUCUUUCUCUGGUCAAUUUUCAUGAUUGGUCGCGCUUAAUUAUUCAGGAAUGGCGUGAUCAUGUUCGUGCAGCGGCAAACAUUGAGUUUUAUUUGGUCUACCCUGCACCCGAGACAAUUGAUCCAGCUGCAGUUGCACAGGUCAUUUUGACGCAGUCUCCCCAGCCGGAACUUCGCAGCAUUGUGAUGUCCAUUUAUGACUCAGAAAGAGCUCAGCAGCCGCCAUACACUUUUGCUAUGACACAUGGGUCUCGUUUGACGCUUGGCAGUGUUUUGGAAGAUGUUCGGUUGACCCGGACUUGUCCUCCACAUAUGCCUCAAAAUGAGUGCACCAUUUGGCUUGGAGGAACUGCCAUUCCUCCUUCUAGUCAAGUUUUUGUCCGCAGUGGUAAUGCAUUCAAACUUCGCAUCAAUCGUGGCACGCGUCUUGACUUGCAAUCCCUUCUGCGGCUUCCUGACCACCUGUUGAGGCAGCAGCUGCAGCAGGCUAUUUGGGGUGAGAUCUAUCACAGACCCAGUAGCCCCCCAGAGGUCGAAGGAUCUAGUGGUGUAGCAGCGUCAUCGACUGGCUCACCGUACAUGGCUUUUACACCGCAGGCUGCUGUACCAAUGGAGGUUGACCACAGGCCUCCUUGGCUCACUGCUCUAAAUCAUUUGUAUGUGCAAUUUGCCGCCACUGAAGUUCAGGAAGAAGGUCCAGUUCUUUAUGUGCAGACCUGGUACGUCCAUGGCGACGGUCAUCUUUGGUGUCGUGAACCCAGGCCAGUUCGGCUCACGAGUUCCAUUUUGUCCUGGCGGCAAGAUCUUGUGCAAGUGUGGAGUCAUCGCCUGAUUCCCCAUGAACCGCAAGAGUAUUGGGUUGUUUCUGCUGCUCCGAAUGUUGCCAAUCGAAAUGUCGACGUGCAUGUGGUCUUGUCGCAAGGUCUAAUGCAUAAACAAGCGGCUGUGUUUUUCACGGUUUGUCCUGGGCCAGAUCCCGCACCAUGUCCUGCUCACGCUGUCUAUGUCUUGCCUAGUCGCAUUACUGUCAAUGACAUUGUCCAGUUGCUUGUUCCCCAUGCGUUCAGGUCAUUUCCCUGCACUGUACACCUUCGUGGUGUUGCAUAUGGUAUUGGGGAAGUGCUUACUCUUAUGUCAGGUGAUCAUGUGCAGAUCAGGUAUGACACAUAUGCAGGUGACGCUGAGGAUGACAGUACUGACGCGUUAGGGUUGCUGCAGACAAGGGCUGCGAGGACUGUGACACCAUGGCACCAGAACAGCAGUGUUGAAAACGGUGUUCAUGUUUUGCUUGAAGAUGCCCUUGAGGAUACGCUCAGUGACAUUUGUGACAAACCGUUAUCAUUGUCUGUUGCCCUUGCAUCUGUUCCAGGCGAUUGGGUUGUAUGUGCUUGGGAAUUGCCACACGGACUGACUGAUACAAAGAUUGUACCCCACCACGAAUUUCAGGCUGCAUGCCUGACUGAGGAUUUUCAGACCCGCUUUGGUUUCUUGGCUCCUCCAUCACAGCUGUUUCAGGUGAGAUUUUUGCGCGCGAGCUGGCAUAUAGCACGCGAUGGAUGGUACAUCGGGUCCUACCAGGUCCCGCCAAUUGGACGUGCAGUGAUUUUGACUGUCAGAUAUAUGCAUGACGGUGCGGUCUAUGGUGUCGCAACGGUACCAGAUAUGCUUGACUGCCGGCAAGUCAGGCAGAUCUUCUCUGUCACGCAUGGAACGUUCAUUCGAUGUAAUGGUUGCUUUGCGUCUGGAUGGAUCCAUUUUUCCCAUGGAGAUGUGCUUGAGUUUCAUGCUGCCACAGUGCAUGCCGGGAUUCCAAUCAGCUUGACUCAUGCCAGGGUUCAAUUAUGUCUGGAAGCCCUGCUUCCAGGUCCUUCAGCGCCAUUCGUCGAAGACCAGGAUGCAAGUUUAGUGAUUUGUGAGCCGGACCUCCGUUCAGAUAUCUGCACCAAUGGCAAUUGGAUGUUCUCAUUCUUGCCUGAAGGUCUUGAUUUGCAUUCGGCCUCGUAUGCUGCCCUGUAUGAUCAAUCAUUGCUUCCUCCUUCGCCCACAGUCUCUCUUGAGCUCUAUGUGGAUGGAGCCACCGGUCUGCAUGACUCGGCUUGGGCUGUGGUCAUCGUUGCUUGUACCCCUCACGGCAGAAUUUUCAGAGGCUGCAUCUCUGGUGUUACUCAAAUUAAUCCAGCUCAGGAGGACUGGCUCGGAGCAACCUCACACACAAACAUUGAUGCGGAACUUACAGCAAUGUGUGUAGCAACAGCACUUGCAUUGUUUGCAUCUAGGGACUAUUCCAUUUGUGUGCGUCCAGACUUGUCACUCAGUCGUCAAGUUGCUCAGUGUCAAGUGGCUUCCAGAGGUAGCAAGCCCUUAGUGAAUACUUUGCAAGCCCUUGCUCAAAUGGUGGAUGACCAAGUCAAUAUUCAAGAAGUACGAGCUCACUGUGGUGACCCGUGGAAUGAGCUUGCUGACAGUAUUGCCAAGUGGACAGUUCGAAAUGCGGUUUCCCUUGGCUCGGUCCCAUGGAGUCCCCUGCAUGCUUUGGCAGGUUCUCGCACUGAUUGCAAUUGGAAUUGGCUGGCACAUGCAUCUGCAUCCUAUCAGGCCACGUUGCCACAGUUGUAUGGCAAUGCAGUAUGGCAACCUGUGCCUCCAACACUGCGUGUACCAGUUCAAGCACAGGCUCCAACACAUGACUAUCCUAGCUAUACGCUUGAUUUCAAUGUAGUUACUUUCAAUGCCCUGGCUCUUGACGAGGCUGAUGCGGCCACUCGCCUUCCAGGUCCCAGGUCUAUUCGAGUUGAUCACCAGUUUCAUCAUCAAUCCUGUGCCAUUAUUGGUAUUCAGGAAGCGCGAACUCCUGAAGGCAGAAGAGUUACUGAUCAUUAUCUCAUUUUGGCAUCCGGUUUUGCUCAGUGCGGGCGUGCUCGACAUCAUGGCUGUGAACUCUGGCUGCAUCGAACUCUCCCUAUUGCCAAGACUCCUUCUGGAGAUGUUAUCACGAUGCAGGCUUUUCAACCAGUGGUCCUUGUUGCCAAUGCCAGGGUCUUGCUUGUUCGACUCCAGGGUCCUUUCGACCUGUAUGUAUUGGUCGGACAUGCACCUUGUCUUUCCGAUGACCGUCCUCUUGACCAGAUUGCCCAAUGGUGGACAGAUCUUGAGUCAGUGCUUGCGCAGGUUGACAAGAGUUCAUCCCUGGUAUGCUGCGUUGAUGCAAAUGCCCCUCUGGCUGAUUCGACUACCAAGUUCUAUCAGCAACAUCAGGCUGAGGCGACCAACCGCCCCGGCGCACUGUUCCAAGACUUCUUGUUGAGGCAGGAGUUAUAUGUGCCGUCUACGUUUUCCUUCCACUCCGGGGAUGGACCCACUUGGAGGCACCCCAAUGGCUCCAGAUUGCGCCGUGACUAUGUGCUGACCAAUGAGGCUGCGUUUGCACUGGUUUUGCGGUGGGACUUUGAUAAGAUGCGUGAUCCCCAAGCACGCGCUGCUUUUGAAAGUGCCCUACGUACCAUGCCUCUUCCUGCUUGGCAUGUAGAUGUUGACACGCAUGCCCAAUUGCUGGAGACCAAUGUUGUACAGCUUGCACAGCAACACUUUGGCAAGCCGCCCAAAGUUCGACAUCGACCAAUCCUCACUGAGGCGACACUAAAUGGUAUCUUCCUGAAACGGCAGGCACUAGCCCUCUUUCGAUUGGAAGUUGACAGGCAUGAUUCCCUUGUGGCGGCUGAGCUCAAGGUCCUUGAAAAAGACUUGCGUCUGAUGGUACGCCGUGAUCAACAACAAUGGUAUGCUCAUUGGCUGGAGGACAUUGAUCAGGUUGCCUCCCAUCAUGAUGUUGCGCAAUUGUAUCGCAAGUUGCAGAGGCUAGGUCGUCGCAAGAACUCACUCGAUAAAGGGCCUAUGCCAUUGCCCCAACUGAAAGGUCCACAAGGAGGCAAGGCAACCUCCUUUGAACAAUGUCAGCGAAUUUGGUGUGAUCAAUUUGCCGCUCUUGAGGCAGGGCUUCAUGUCAAUGAUGCCCAGUUGCAGCAGCUUCAUGUGCAGUUGGCCCCAGGGCAGUUGUGUGAUCCUUCGCAUCUCAUGUCCUCUCAUGACAUCUUGGCUACAAUUAGGCGUAUGGAGUCUGGAAAAGUUCCAGGUCCAGGAUUGCUUCCCAUUGAUGUGCUCAAAGCGGGAGGGUAUGUAGCUGCUCAAAUCCUGCUCCCGCUCAUGACCAAGGUUCAGACUCAGGUCCGUGAACCGUUGUCUUGGAAGGGGGGGUUACUUAUUCCCCUUUUUAAGGGCAAGGGAUCCCCGCAGGAGGCUGCUUCUUACCGUUCUAUCUUUAUCUCUGAUGUUUGUGGCAAGAUUCACCACUCCCAUGUUCGCAAAGCACUUGUUGAUACGUGGAAUGUGCAUGAUGACCUCAUUCAACAGGGUGGCCGUAAAGGAUGCUCGACGGAUAUUGCCCACCAUCUUUUGCAUGGAUAUUUUGCUUGGGCUCGUUCGCAGACAGUUUCUUGCGCCAUGCUUUUCGUUGACUUGCAUGCUGCCUUCUAUACUGUUGUGCGCUCCAUGCUUUCUGAUCAGCCUCUUCAUGAUGACCUGCUCUGUCAUGCCAUGCAAGUGCUUGGAAUUCGGCCGCAUGACUGGCAUGAGAUUCUUCAGUGCAUUCGCCCUGACAAUGCCACGAGUGGCCUUGAUGCCCAUGCUCACAGGAUGAUGGUAGAUAUGUUUUCAGGUACGCAUUUUCAAAUGAAAGGAGUUGCCAACCCAGUGGCUACAUUCCGUGGGACCCGUCCCGGAGAUCCAGUAGCAGAUAUUCUCUUCAACAUGGCGUUUCGUCUUAUUGUCUUAGAUGCACGAACCAAGUUCCAAGGCAGCAACAAUAUGCCCUUUCUUGGCUCUCCUGAGACAUGUCGAAAUCUGCCUCAGGUUGCAGACAUGCCACCUUCAGGGUUUGCAGAGGUAACCUUUGUUGAUGACAUUGCUUAUGCGUUGCAUGCUCCGCGUGCUGAGCAGGUUGUCACGGCCUUGCAGACAGUUGCCUCUUGUCUGCACGAUGCAGCCACUUCGCGUGGUAUGCAGCUCAACUAUGCUGCUGGUAAGACUGAGGCUAUGAUUUUCUGUGCAGGACCAGGUUCUCGUGCAGUGAAGAAGCAGCUCUGGCAUGAUUAUGCAGGAGCCCUGCCCAUUGUCACGGAACAUGGCACCCAGACAUUGCGUCUUGUGCAUUCAUAUAAGCACCUCGGCUCUUUUCUUCAAUGUCAAGCAGUUGUACAUAAGGAUGUCACAUAUCGGGUUGCACAAGCAAGAAAAGCCUUUGGGCAGCUGGCUCGGCCUUUUUACUCUAAACGGAAUGUUGGGUUGGCCACUAAGACGUCAGUUUUCUCUAUGCUUGUUGUCUCUCGCCUUCUCUACAAUGUACAUGUGUGGGCUUGGGUUACUGAUGCCGAUGUUUCCAGAUGGUCCAAUGGAAUUCGUGAAGCUAUUGGUAGGCUAGUUCGGCCACUGCUUCAUCAGAUUCCUGCCUUUCAUUUCACAGUUGCAGAACUAUGUGGACUUGCGUCUUUGCCUGGACCUUGUGAUCUUCUGCAUGCCAACAGAUUGCGUUAUUUGAAGCGAGCCAUUGCUGCAGCUCCCGAGCUGCUUUGGCGCACUUUGUUUGCCAAUACCGCCGAUACUGCAUGGAUGGCGUUGUUGCAGAGUUCCUUUGUCUGGUUCAUGAAGCACUAUCCGGGCCAAUUUACCCUCCCUGUAAAUGAUGUUCAUGCGUGUCUCCAGUAUGUUGCAGUUGAUGAACGCUGGAUUGGUCGAGUGAAACGAGCCCUUGCCUCGGCAGUUAGGUACCAUCGAGCAGCCGCCCAGGGCCACUUGUGGUCCUUGAAGGUAGAGCGUGAUCUGCAAAGUUUUGCUUCUUCGCGGUUGCUCCCUCGUGACAGUUGUGUUGCUGCAUGGUCUUGUCUGCAAUGUAGUGCUACUUUUGACACCAAAAGGGCGUUAGCAGUUCACUCCCGACACAUGCAUGGGUAUCAGCAGAUUCUCAAAUACUUUGUACUUUCAGAUGAGUGCAGUGCGUGUGGUAAGAAGUUCUUUCAGCGGUGUAGAGCUGUGACUCAUGUUCGUCAGUCUGCCAAGUGUCGCGAUGCCUACCUUGCAUGCUUUGUGCCAGCAGCGCAAGAGGUUGUGGCCCAGUUGGAUGAAGAUGAUCUUACAUAUGCACGUGAGCAAAGAACCCAUGGCUGGAGGCCUUCCAAAGCCUUCCUCCCAGUCAUUCGUAUCCCUAUGCCAUGUUUGCCAGCUGCUGGUUCGGAAGAUGCGAGACUUUUGCGUGAGCGUUGGGCUCGGCGAAUUCCCAAUCCUGGUACUGGUUUUCAUGCAUUUGAAGGCAUCCGUGAGCAGUUGCCUACAGUUGGACUUGAUGAGGAUGACUUUAUCCCCUUCCUCGGGCAUGUUCCUGCGCAUGGAGAUCCUGGGCACGCAGGCCAGAUCCUGGGCAUUGGUGGAGGGCCAAGUUGUGAAACAUGGUCCGCUGCUCGGCAUAUGGCCGACGGGCCGCCGCCCGUCCGGAGCUAUGAUGAGCCAUGGGGCGUGGCAGGGCUUAGGAAGGCAGGUUCGACGCACCCGGCGCCGAUCGCGGCCCCUUGGGCCCGUUGGGCACUGGGAGCCUCACAUCACGACAUAUCGCAGCCAUUCGUCGAAGACCAGGAUGCAAGUUUAGUGAUUUGUGAGCCGGACCUCCGUUCAGAUAUCUGCACCAAUGGCAAUUGGAUGUUCUCAUUCUUGCCUGAAGGUCUUGAUUUGCAUUCGGCCUCGUAUGCUGCCCUGUAUGAUCAAUCAUUGCUUCCUCCUUCGCCCACAGUCUCUCUUGAGCUCUAUGUGGAUGGAGCCACCGGUCUGCAUGACUCGGCUUGGGCUGUGGUCAUCGUUGCUUGUACCCCUCACGGCAGAAUUUUCAGAGGCUGCAUCUCUGGUGUUACUCAAAUUAAUCCAGCUCAGGAGGACUGGCUCGGAGCAACCUCACACACAAACAUUGAUGCGGAACUUACAGCAAUGUGUGUAGCAACAGCACUUGCAUUGUUUGCAUCUAGGGACUAUUCCAUUUGUGUGCGUCCAGACUUGUCACUCAGUCGUCAAGUUGCUCAGUGUCAAGUGGCUUCCAGAGGUAGCAAGCCCUUAGUGAAUACUUUGCAAGCCCUUGCUCAAAUGGUGGAUGACCAAGUCAAUAUUCAAGAAGUACGAGCUCACUGUGGUGACCCGUGGAAUGAGCUUGCUGACAGUAUUGCCAAGUGGACAGUUCGAAAUGCGGUUUCCCUUGGCUCGGUCCCAUGGAGUCCCCUGCAUGCUUUGGCAGGUUCUCGCACUGAUUGCAAUUGGAAUUGGCUGGCACAUGCAUCUGCAUCCUAUCAGGCCACGUUGCCACAGUUGUAUGGCAAUGCAGUAUGGCAACCUGUGCCUCCAACACUGCGUGUACCAGUUCAAGCACAGGCUCCAACACAUGACUACCCUAGCUAUACGCUUGAUUUCAAUGUAGUUACUUUCAAUGCCCUGGCGCUUGACGAGGCUGAUGCGGCCACUCGCCUUCCAGGUCCCAGGUCUAUUCGAGUUGAUCACCAGUUUCAUCAUCAAUCCUGUGCCAUUAUUGGUAUUCAGGAAGCGCGAACUCCUGAAGGCAGAAGAGUUACUGAUCAUUAUCUCAUUUUGGCAUCCGGUUUUGCUCAGUGCGGGCGUGCUCGACAUCAUGGCUGUGAACUCUGGCUGCAUCGAACUCUCCCUAUUGCCAAGACUCCUUCUGGAGAUGUUAUCACGAUGCAGGCUUUUCAACCAGUGGUCCUUGUUGCCAAUGCCAGGGUCUUGCUUGUUCGACUCCAGGGUCCUUUCGACCUGUAUGUAUUGGUCGGACAUGCACCUUGUCUUUCCGAUGACCGUCCUCUUGACCAGAUUGCCCAAUGGUGGACAGAUCUUGAGUCAGUGCUUGCGCAGGUUGACAAGAGUUCAUCCCUGGUAUGCUGCGUUGAUGCAAAUGCCCCUCUGGCUGAUUCGACUACCAAGUUCUAUCAGCAACAUCAGGCUGAGGCGACCAACCGCCCCGGCGCACUGUUCCAAGACUUCUUGUUGAGGCAGGAGUUAUAUGUGCCGUCUACGUUUUCCUUCCACUCCGGGGAUGGACCCACUUGGAGGCACCCCAAUGGCUCCAGAUUGCGCCGUGACUAUGUGCUGACCAAUGAGGCUGCGUUUGCACUGGUUUUGCGGUGGGACUUUGAUAAGAUGCGUGAUCCCCAAGCACGCGCUGCUUUUGAAAGUGCCCUACGUACCAUGCCUCUUCCUGCUUGGCAUGUAGAUGUUGACACGCAUGCCCAAUUGCUGGAGACCAAUGUUGUACAGCUUGCACAGCAACACUUUGGCAAGCCGCCCAAAGUUCGACAUCGACCAAUCCUCACUGAGGCGACACUAAAUGGUAUCUUCCUGAAACGGCAGGCACUAGCCCUCUUUCGAUUGGAAGUUGACAGGCAUGAUUCCCUUGUGGCGGCUGAGCUCAAGGUCCUUGAAAAAGACUUGCGUCUGAUGGUACGCCGUGAUCAACAACAAUGGUAUGCUCAUUGGCUGGAGGACAUUGAUCAGGUUGCCUCCCAUCAUGAUGUUGCGCAAUUGUAUCGCAAGUUGCAGAGGCUAGGUCGUCGCAAGAACUCACUCGAUAAAGGGCCUAUGCCAUUGCCCCAACUGAAAGAUCCACAAGGAGGCAAGGCAACCUCCUUUGAACAAUGUCAGCGAAUUUGGUGUGAUCAAUUUGCCGCUCUUGAGGCAGGGCUUCAUGUCAAUGAUGCCCAGUUGCAGCAGCUUCAUGUGCAGUUGGCCCCAGGGCAGUUGUGUGAUCCUUCGCAUCUCAUGUCCUCUCAUGACAUCUUGGCUACAAUUAGGCGUAUGGAGUCUGGAAAAGUUCCAGGUCCAGGAUUGCUUCCCAUUGAUGUGCUCAAAGCGGGAGGGUAUGUAGCUGCUCAAAUCCUGCUCCCGCUCAUGACCAAGGUUCAGACUCAGGUCCGUGAACCGUUGUCUUGGAAGGGGGGGUUACUUAUUCCCCUUUUUAAGGGCAAGGGAUCCCCGCAGGAGGCUGCUUCUUACCGUUCUAUCUUUAUCUCUGAUGUUUGUGGCAAGAUUCACCACUCCCAUGUUCGCAAAGCACUUGUUGAUACGUGGAAUGUGCAUGAUGACCUCAUUCAACAGGGUGGCCGUAAAGGAUGCUCGACGGAUAUUGCCCACCAUCUUUUGCAUGGAUAUUUUGCUUGGGCUCGUUCGCAGACAGUUUCUUGCGCCAUGCUUUUCGUUGACUUGCAUGCUGCCUUCUAUACUGUUGUGCGCUCCAUGCUUUCUGAUCAGCCUCUUCAUGAUGACCUGCUCUGUCAUGCCAUGCAAGUGCUUGGAAUUCGGCCGCAUGACUGGCAUGAGAUUCUUCAGUGCAUUCGCCCUGACAAUGCCACGAGUGGCCUUGAUGCCCAUGCUCACAGGAUGAUGGUAGAUAUGUUUUCAGGUACGCAUUUUCAAAUGAAAGGAGUUGCCAACCCAGUGGCUACAUUCCGUGGGACCCGUCCCGGAGAUCCAGUAGCAGAUAUUCUCUUCAACAUGGCGUUUCGUCUUAUUGUCUUAGAUGCACGAACCAAGUUCCAAGGCAGCAACAAUAUGCCCUUUCUUGGCUCUCCUGAGACAUGUCGAAAUCUGGCUCAGGUUGCAGACAUGCCACCUUCAGGGUUUGCAGAGGUAACCUUUGUUGAUGACAUUGCUUAUGCGUUGCAUGCUCCGCGUGCUGAGCAGGUUGUCACGGCCUUGCAGACAGUUGCCUCUUGUCUGCACGAUGCAGCCACUUCGCGUGGUAUGCAGCUCAACUAUGCUGCUGGUAAGACUGAGGCUAUGAUUUUCUGUGCAGGACCAGGUUCUCGUGCAGUGAAGAAGCAGCUCUGGCAUGAUUAUGCAGGAGCCCUGCCCAUUGUCACGGAACAUGGCACCCAGACAUUGCGUCUUGUGCAUUCAUAUAAGCACCUCGGCUCUUUUCUUCAAUGUCAAGCAGUUGUACAUAAGGAUGUCACAUAUCGGGUUGCACAAGCAAGAAAAGCCUUUGGGCAGCUGGCUCGGCCUUUUUACUCUAAACGGAAUGUUGGGUUGGCCACUAAGACGUCAGUUUUCUCUAUGCUUGUUGUCUCUCGCCUUCUCUACAAUGUACAUGUGUGGGCUUGGGUUACUGAUGCCGAUGUUUCCAGAUGGUCCAAUGGAAUUCGUGAAGCUAUUGGUAGGCUAGUUCGGCCACUGCUUCAUCAGAUUCCUGCCUUUCAUUUCACAGUUGCAGAACUAUGUGGACUUGCGUCUUUGCCUGGACCUUGUGAUCUUCUGCAUGCCAACAGAUUGCGUUAUUUGAAGCGAGCCAUUGCUGCAGCUCCCGAGCUGCUUUGGCGCACUUUGUUUGCCAAUACCGCCGAUACUGCAUGGAUGGCGUUGUUGCAGAGUUCCUUUGUCUGGUUCAUGAAGCACUAUCCGGGCCAAUUUACCCUCCCUGUAAAUGAUGUUCAUGCGUGUCUCCAGUAUGUUGCAGUUGAUGAACGCUGGAUUGGUCGAGUGAAACGAGCCCUUGCCUCGGCAGUUAGGUACCAUCGAGCAGCCGCCCAGGGCCACUUGUGGUCCUUGAAGGUAGAGCGUGAUCUGCAAAGUUUUGCUUCUUCGCGGUUGCUCCCUCGUGACAGUUGUGUUGCUGCAUGGUCUUGUCUGCAAUGUAGUGCUACUUUUGACACCAAAAGGGCGUUAGCAGUUCACUCCCGACACAUGCAUGGGUAUCAGCAGAUUCUCAAAUACUUUGUACUUUCAGAUGAGUGCAGUGCGUGUGGUAAGAAGUUCUUUCAGCGGUGUAGAGCUGUGACUCAUGUUCGUCAGUCUGCCAAGUGUCGCGAUGCCUACCUUGCAUGCUUUGUGCCAGCAGCGCAAGAGGUUGUGGCCCAGUUGGAUGAAGAUGAUCUUACAUAUGCACGUGAGCAAAGAACCCAUGGCUGGAGGCCUUCCAAAGCCUUCCUCCCAGUCAUUCGUAUCCCUAUGCCAUGUUUGCCAGCUGCUGGUUCGGAAGAUGCGAGACUUUUGCGUGAGCGUUGGGCUCGGCGAAUUCCCAAUCCUGGUACUGGUUUUCAUGCAUUUGAAGGCAUCCGUGAGCAGUUGCCUACAGUUGGACUUGAUGAGGAUGACUUUAUCCCCUUCCUCGGGCAUGUUCCUGCGCAUGGAGAUCCUGGGCACGCAGGUGUCUAUCAAAUGUAUGAUCUUGCCGCAGAAACAGCUCGCCUACAUAUCCAAUGUUUUUUGUUUAUACAUUUUUACAGCGGAUAUAGGAGAGAGGGUGAUUUGCAACAUUGCCUUGAAGCUCAAUUCCAACAAGGCACUGCCCAGGUAUUCUGCCUGUCGAUAGACAUUUGUUUGGCGAAACAGCGAUCAGAUGUCACAGACCCCAGUACGCGGAGUUUCUGGGUAGAGCAAAUGGCCAAAGGCCAGAUCCUGGGCAUUGGUGGAGGGCCAAGUUGUGAAACAUGGUCCGCUGCUCGGCAUAUGGCCGACGGGCCGCCGCCCGUCCGGAGCUAUGAUGAGCCAUGGGGCGUGGCAGGGCUUAGGAAGGCAGUUGCUCAGCAGGUUGAUGUUGGCUCCACUUUGGUCCAAUUUUUGCUGGAUUUAUUGGUGAUAGCAGCGCGGUUAGGAUUGUGCGGGUUUCUGGAGCACCCGGCUUUUCCUGUAUGGCUUGCACGUAAAAAACCAGCAUCCAUUUGGACGUUACGAGCGUUUCGAUGUUUUGCACGCCUUCAGUGUGUCCAAGUAGUGACAUUCGAUCAAUGCACUAUGGGGCUACUGGCCCAGAAACCUACCACAUUUGUGGUGCUUCGGCUUCCGGCACUGGUCGAUAUGAUUCAGAUGCGUGGACGUCGUGGACGCUGCAAUCACAUUGGAGGACAUCAACCGUUGAAGGGACGACAAGACAAUAGACAGUUUUCCACUGCAAGGGCAAAGAUUUACCCUCGGCAGUUGAACCUUUCUAUUGCCCUCGCUGUUUGUCGAUUUUUGUCUGACCGCCAUAUGAAUGAUGCUGGCCGGAUGUCGACACAGCUUGAGGAAUUAGAUUCCACCGAAGUGGUCGACUUGCACACAGUGCAACCUGACUACCAUGGAUAG